ACAGCGAAGAAGAAGAAGAAGAAGAAGACGGCGCGGCAGCAGCAGAAGAAGAACAAGGCGGAAUCUGGCAGUUUAGGAGCUAAACGUAUCUGCUCCUGUCAUUCAGCGAGCUCCUUUAGGUCAUUAACGAGGGUUCACUAAACCGCCUUUCGUCCAACAUGAGAACAGUUCUAAUGGUGGCCGAGAAACCGUCCUUGGCUCAGUCCAUCGCUAAAAUCCUCUCCAAAGGGAAAUACAACAACUGGGACAAGGUGGACCCAGCAGAACUCUUCAGUAAAGCUCCAACCGAAAAGAAGGAGGCUAAUCCUAAACUCAACAUGGUGAAGUUUCUCCAGUUUGAAGCCAGAGGCUGUGACGUGGUGGUUUUAUGGUUGGACUGUGAUAAAGAGGGCGAGAACAUUUGUUUUGAGGUACUGGAUGCCAUCCAGCCAGUGAUGAAUAAGGGGAACGUUAAGGAUCAGACGGUGUUCCGAGCCAAAUUCAGCUCCAUAACUGACACGGACAUCUGGAACGCUAUGAACCAUCUUGGAAAACCAAACCAGAAUGAAGCCCUGUCAGUGGAUGCCCGUCAGGAGCUGGACCUGCGAAUAGGCUGUGCCUUUACCCGAUUCCAGACCAAGUAUUUUCAAGGCAAAUACGGAAAUCUGGAUUCCUCGUUGAUCUCUUUUGGACCAUGCCAGACCCCAACCCUGGGCUUCUGUGUGGAACGUCACGACAAGAUUCAGUCGUUCAAACCAGAAACAUACUGGGUUCUCCAGGCAAAGGUGUUUAAAGGAAAAGACAACCCACUGACACUGGACUGGGACAGGGUGAGAGUCUUUGACAGAGAAGUGGGACAGAUGUUCCUCAACCUCGCCAAGACAUCUGGGGAGGCCCGGGUGGAGUCGGUGAGUAAAAAGGAGAAGAGCAAGCAGCGACCUCAGGCGCUGAACACGGUGGAGAUGCUGAGAGUGGCCAGCUCUGCUUUGGGUAUGGGCCCCCAGCAUACUAUGCAGACUGCCGAGCGUCUGUAUACUCAGGGCUACAUUAGCUACCCACGGACUGAGACCACCCACUACCCGGAGAACUUCGACCUGAAGGGAGCUCUGAAGCAGCAGAUCAACUGCCCCAUGUGGGCAGAAGAGGUAAAAGCUCUGCUUUCAGAUGGGAUCAACCGACCCAGGAAGGGAACCGACGCAGGAGACCAUCCACCCAUUACACCCAUGCGUGCUGCUUCAGAGGGGGAAGUGGGAAGUGACGGCUGGCGCCUGUACGAGUACAUCACACGUCAUUUCAUCGCUACCGUCAGCCAAGACUGCAAGUUCCUACAGACCACAGUAGACUUCGUUAUUGGCACCGAGGCCUUCUCUUGCACUGGGAAAACCCUCAUUUCACCAGGUUACACAGUAGUGAUGCCAUGGCAGGGCAUCGCCCUGGAAGAGGCCAUGCCAGCCUGUGAGCGUGGAGAUAUUUUCACUGUAGAUGAGAUGAAGCUGGUGGAGAGGCAGACCAGCCCACCCGACUACCUGACGGAGGCUGAACUCAUCACGCUAAUGGAGAAGCACGGCAUUGGCACCGACGCCAGCAUCCCCGUCCACAUCAACAACAUCUGUCAGAGGAACUAUGUGACCGUGGAGAGCGGACGCAAGCUGAAGCCGACCAAUCUGGGCGUAGUCCUGGUGCACGGCUACUACAAAACAGACGCAGAGCUGGUGCUGCCCACCAUACGCAGUGCUGUAGAGAAGCAGCUGAACCUCAUCGCUGUGGGCAAGGCCAACUACCAGCAGGUUCUGCAGCACACGCUCGAUAUCUUCAAGAGGAAGUUUCACUACUUUGUGGAUUCCAUCACCAGCAUGGACGAGCUGAUGGAGGUCUCCUUCUCCCCCAUCGCUGCCUCAGGAAAGCCCCUUUCUCGCUGUGGCAAGUGUCAUCGCUUCAUGAAGUACAUCCAGGCCAAGCCCUGCAGGCUCCACUGCUCCCACUGUGAUGAGACCUACAGCCUUCCACAGAAUGGAGCCAUAAAGCUGUACAAGGAGCUGCGCUGCCCCCUGGAUGACUUUGAGCUGGUUCUGUGGACCUCAGGGGCCCGGGGCAAGAGCUACCCUCUGUGUCCCUACUGCUUCAGCCACCCGCCUUUCAGAGACAUGAAGAAAGGUAUGGGAUGCAAUGAGUGCACACACCCAUCGUGUCAGCACUCCCUGAACUCUUUAGGAAUUGGACAGUGUGUGGAGUGUGAAAACGGGGUUCUGGUUCUGGAUCCCACCUCUGGACCCAAGUGGAGGAUGGCUUGUAACAAGUGCAACGUGGUGGUGCACUUUUUUGAACAUGCGCACAAAGUUCAGGUUGCUACGGAGAGCUGUGAUGCAUGCGAGGCCUCUCUGGUGGCGGUGGACUUCAACAAGACCCGGACGCCGCUCCCGGCUGGGGAGACGCAGCACGCCGGCUGUGUCUUCUGCGAUCCCGUCUUCCAGGAUCUGGUGGAGCUUAAACACGCCACCAUGAGGCAUGCAAUGCACCGAGGCGGAGGUGCGCGGCGCGGAGGGCGAGGGCGAGGCAGGGGUCGCCGUGGCAACCCAAAGAAACCCAAAGAUAAAAUGGCUGCGUUGGCAGCCUACUUUGUAUAGUUUUGAUGUGGUGUGGAUGCCCUGCAGCGGGAGCUGUGACGGACUUGUUUCAUUAAAGCUGAACUAGCCUCUAGUGUGUGUUUAUGGCUCUCUGCUCUGGCUCCGCCCCACAGCUACCUCCACCUCCACUCGUAAGUUCCUAGCUGGACCCACGCAACAUUCAUUUCUAGUUUAAUUUUGAACCAUUUUUGGUUACUAAGGUCCUGCUAAACCCAGAUCUCAGACAUGGUUCUGUAUGUGAAACGCCUGUGGUACCGGGCCAGAACAUGUGCCCGUAACUGCAGACGUGCUGUCGGAUAACUGGAAUGAGUCCAGCAGGGGGCAGUAUGGACAUCCAGAGCUGUUGAACAUGUAGGAGCCAAACCAAAGGAGUUGUGAUGUUUGCCUUUACUCUCGCUCUAAGGAGACCAGCAGCUCUGCUGCUGAGAAGUGUGCUCCAGAAGCAGUCCACUCACUUGGUUUUUAUUAAAAAUAGGUGGAAGUUACCGUGUUUCCACCUACAAAUA